AAAAGCUCUCCCCUGUCCGCACACGCUGUGGCAAGCAGCACCAGUUUAUACCAGUGAGCUUAGGUCCCUACUGCUUUUCUGCUGGUCCCCUCCUGUGACUGCAGGCACAGCCACCGAGCUGUUCCCGAGCUGCUGCUUUCCUUUCGAGAGCAGUAAUCCCGCUGCCUCCCGCCCCUCUGCAUCACACAGAGGGGAGAUGAGGACAACUAGCAGCUUCCUUUGUCUGCAGGAGGCCAUGGAAGAGGGAAAGGGAUGCUGCUACCUUUGAAACGGGCAGGGACUUUCCCCGCCUGAUGGGAAGCAGCAGCAGGCGGGUUCCUAGCUCUGUGAAGGAGUUUUGCCCAUUCCUGACCCAUUCUCGGCUAAAACCACAUUCGUUUUGUUUCUCCCGUACGUGCAGCGGAGGGUCUAUCUGCCGCCGCAGCAUCUGCUGCAAGAGCAACUUCACUGCUACCCUGGAGGGGACUCGAAUGCUGAGGGGCUCCAGCACCGCCCCGUCUUUCCCCACCAGCGGCGCUUCAUGUGUGGGAAAGGGGGAGAAGGCUGGGGCAGUGAGAAACACAGGCCAACUUCGUACAGGCACCUAGCAGCACAGCUGCUGAGGCAGCAGGCUCAGUGAGAGUCAAUGGGCUGUUUGUUCCCGCCACGGGCGCCCCCGACCCCAAACGUGUGUGUAGGGGGGGGGAACUCUGUGAGUUACCCGCGAAACGUCCCUCGUAAGGGGCAUUUGCAGCAUCACGCAAGUGCCAGGCUGUCCGCCAAUGGCCGUGCGUUCCGGGCAGCGGCUUCCUGGGCCCCCCUAUGCAAGGAGUGGCCGGCGCAGGAGGGAGUGGCUGCUGGUUCGGCUGAUUUCCACACAGUCCCAAGGCAGCGUAUAUUAUGGCUGCUCCACCUCCAAAGCCCCAUCUCUGCUGCACCCCACCCCUUGCCCCGAGGGGCGGUUCCUGGGGUCAGAGUUCAUCUUUUCUGCCCCAGGUUGCUCCCCCUGCCCCUCACCCCAGAGGGGAGCAUGUGGCCUACUGCCUGGCACUGGGGGCUGUCACUGGAAGGGCUCGGUGGGCCCAGGAUUGAGAGAUGGCCAGAUCAAGGCGGGUUUCCAUUCAUGGCACCAGCCCGAAGGGCCCCAGCUCUCAAGGAGUCCUGAGGCAGCCCUGGACUUUGUGGUCGAAGAGGACCUGCGAGCUCACCUGACGUGCUGGUACAUUCAGAAAUACGUCAAGGAGAACCCCCUGCCGCAGUACCUGGAACACUUGCAGCCUUAACGCAGGAGGCUGCGGAGCCCGGACUGCUCUGGCAGCAGCACGCCCUGCCCCUGACUGUCCGAUGCGGCCUUCACUUCUGCGCGGUCUCAGGAAGUCCCACGCGCUCUCAAAAUCCUGAUUUUUUGUAAGUGCGGACGUGGGGGAUGUGACCCUCCCAAAUAGCACCGGGGCCCUGGUAAUGCACAGCAGCUGGGCCCUUCCACAGCUGGGCUGGCUCAGGGUUCUGUUGACAGCAGCCUCCCCUGUCACUGCGCCACGGGGUGGAAGGCGAUGGCUUCUGUCGGCCUCCUUCAGCAACGUCCUCACCCCUGCGGCUCGUCGAAAGCAAGAAGCUGGCGGGCGGAUGUCAGCUUGGGGUAGCCAUUGGGCUCCACCUCUUCUCCGGCAACAUGCGGGGCUGCUGCAGAUCAACCCGUCCUGAGCUGAAGGGGGAUUGUGGAGAGGGGCAGGGUCUUACCCACCUUUCGUCACGAAGGGGAUGGAAGAGUCCGAUGAUAAAGCCUGACAAGUCGGUGCCAUUUGCUGUGUGGGCUGGAGCUGGAGAGGAUCGAGGUCCGGCCGGUCAGCUCCCUUCGGGCAAAGCAAGGAGCAUUAGCAUCAAGUCCCAGAGGGUGGACGACUGGGUCUUAGGGGACUGUCUCUGCAUGUUCCAGAGACGUUGGGGCCUGGAUGCCUUCUGUCCCAGAAAGGGCACCUAUGUGAGAUGGUCUGUCGUCAGCCCCUGUCAGGGACGGGCAGCAGCGCGGAGGGGUGCUCAAGAGCAGUGGCUCAGCCCAGACCUCCUUUCAGUAGCCCAGUGGCUUGAGGGGUGGGCAAGGGAAGGGAGGUUAUAAACUUUGCUACCCCGUCAGGGACAGGAGCGUUUUGAGCCGGUCUCUCAUUUUGCUGACUCAACUCCGCCGUGAACCGCCGUUUCCCUGCCGGGGUUGGAGCAGUAACAGACAGCCCUAGGAAUGCCUGCCACCACCGCGGGCUUUGCUUCGCUGCCUCUUUCGGAUUCCAAGGGGCGGUGAGUGACAAGGGAGGGACAGAGGCGCCGUCAGCAAGGGGAACGCAGGGGUCCCGUGGAUGAGCUAAGCAGGCGCCACCAUCCCAGCCAAGCGCACAAACGUACACGCUGAGCCAAGCAGGAUAUGAUCCUUGAGGUGUUCAGGCCAAGCCCAGGGGAGGGAGAAGGGGAUGCGUCCAAUCCCUGCGGGAGGCUGGGGCCAGGAGCAGAAUGUCCCUUCAGGGUGGGGGUCAGGGAUGCAGAUGCAGCGCGUGAGUCGAGAGAUGUUGCUGCCACCACCGCUCAGUCAAUAGCAUAGGCCUGGGGUUUGCACAGGGAUCACUCACUGGUCACUUCCCUUGCCGCUCCCCUGCCCAGCAUUGUCCGCUAGCCCCUACUGCUAGGAACCCAGGCACCCUGGCGGCUGCAUCCAAGAGCUGCCCGCCCAAGGGGGAGGUGUCAGACUUUUGUCCUCUCCUUUUCGUGCAGCAGCGGAGGGCUGACAUGCCAGGCGGGGAGCGAGGGACGUGUUCUGCUCCAUCCCAGUCUCUCACACUGAUCAUUUAGACUUUGGGGGUGGGGGGUUAUCCUUCAGGAACCUCUCGGUGCUCGGGAUGUGGAGGGCCGUGCUCUGCUCCAGGUCACUCGGAGCAACGUCAGGAAAGUCACGGGGUUUGCAUGGGUGAAACUUGUAGCUGACUCUCCCCCAGCACCCUCAGUUAGCUCAUCCUGCUGAUUUAGAAGGGCUGCAGUGAACUAACGGGAACUGCAAGGAGCUCCUGUAUUUAUAUUAGGCUAAAUCCUGAGAGGUGCUGAGUAUUGCCAACACCCGUUGACUCCAACAGAAAUUGCAACACCACUUUGGAGUUGACCCUAUUAUUAUCUCUGGGCCAGAUCUUGAAGGCCGUAGUCCUAACCUCCUAAUGGGAGCCUGGCCUAUGUGAUCUGAUUUGCUUUUGUUGGACAUUAUAUAUGUCUUCCGGCAUUCAUUCGAGUUGCUAUUUUUUUCAGUUACUAUAUUUUUAAAAGCAGCAAAGAGUCUUGUGGCACCUU